UAACAAAGGUUUUAUUGUUAAACUUUACUUUCUUUUUAAGAAAUGAGUUCUCCAGUAAGAAGAAGCUCCAGUCCUGCCCUGAGAAAACAGAAUGGACCUUCAGAGGAUGAGUCUAGCCCAGAAGCAAACCAGGACAGUGCAGAGGAGAAGACUGGUUCCACUGGCUGUAAGCCCUUGAAGAGCCCUGCCUCGAGCAGUGAUGACAGCAGCAUCGAUGACAGUGAGGAUGAUGAUGAUGAUCCACACCAAGAAGCACUGAGGAAGAUUAGAAGCAGCGUGGCUCAGAUUCAA